UGUGGGGAGAUGCGCUGGCAGGAAGUGGGGUGGGGAGCUCCGCUGAGGUCUGCACGAGGGCACCUCUGAAGGUGCCCAAGCCACUGGGCCUGCUCCAGCCGGGGCCGAGGAGGAGCUACCGUGCGCAGGGCCUUGCCUUUCAGGGGGCCAAGCUCUGCAGUAGAUGGCUAGGGGGGCAUCACCUGCGUCUGUGGCCUGUGCCUUGGAGGGCCAAAGGCAUGACCUCAGGGCCUCCCCGGGUCCCAGGCUUAGACUACGGUGAGCAGAGCAGGCCCUUGGCUUGGUCGCAGCUCCCCUGCCCCUCCUCACUGGCCAUGUUCAGCUACCACUUGGGUCAUCCACACCGACAGGUACUCGUGAGGCCGAGCAGAGCACACCUCCUCGCAUGUCACCAGGGCCCCCCAGCCAGAGUUAGGAAGGUGGCUGCUGGGGCUCCGUCCUCCAUGCUUCUGCAGGAAGGAGGGGCUGUGGAGUCUUGGGGUUUCCUGUGUGCUGAGUCAGAGCACCCAAGGGGGAGGGGACUGCCCAGCAGCUUGAGGUGCAAAAGUAGGUAGGGCUCCCAGGUAUGUGCCCGUUCCGUCAGUCAGCCCCCAGCAUCCCUGUCUUCUUGCCCCAGGCCUAGCUGUGGCUUCACAGGAUGGGGCCACAGGUGCCCUCGGCCCCUCCUGUCCUCUGGGUCCUAGGGUGCCUUGCCUUGUUCCUCUGGCUGUGGACACUGUGCACAGCCUGCCACAGGAAGCGGGUGCAGAGGUCGCGGGCCGGGCCCCAGGGCUGUGUGAUGCCAGUGGAAGUGUCACUGCUGAGACAACACCGCCUCUGCUCCCUCAGCAAGUCAGACACCAGACUGCAUGAGCUGCACCGGGGCCCAAAAAGCUGCAGGGCCCCUCGACCUGCCAGUGUGGAUAUCCUGCACCCGCGAUGGCUGGAAGUGCCCAGAGGCACCAGCAGACCUCUGACAGCCUUCUCACACCGAGAACUGCCCCGGGCGACGCCUGCUGCCACCUUGCCCUCCAUCUGCCCCGAGGCCACCUAUUCCAAUGUGGGGCUGGCUGCCCGCCCUGUGGUGUGGGCAGGGGCACGGCUGACCAGCAGCCAUGCCAGGCCCGGGCCUGAGGCCGGACCCGGGGUGGCUGAGUAUGCCUGUAUCCAGAAGCUCGAGGGAACAGAUCAAGGCCCCCAAAGCCUCAGGCAGUGGAAGGCCGAGGUGACCCCAGCUGUUCAGGUGGACAUCCUGUACUCCAGGGUUAAGAAGCCUAAAAAGAGGGGCCUAGGACCUGCCACAGAUCAGCUGGACCCCAAGGGCAGAGGAGAAAUUCCGGCUCUGGGAAGUGACCAGGCCUACGAGACCCUCCCACUCAGGGGCCUAGGCAUGGAUGAUGGCCUCCCAGACAAUGUGUACGAGACUAUCCAGGAGAUGGGGGCCCCUGAGCACCGGGAGCCCUCUGGCUGUAGCUAUUAGCAUAAGAAAA